UUGGGAAAGACUGCGCACAGCCACGAGCGAGAAUAUCGAUAUGGCUUUACGAAAAGUUGAUUUUUCGCGUCUAUGCAUUGAACAGCACACCUCAUUCUGUAAAAGUUUUGAAUACUCAUAUGUCUGCCUUUAGUGUAUUGAGUCCUAACACCGAUUUGAGAGUAAAACAUGACCGACAGAACCUCUGCUUUUCUAUCAACCUGGACGGCGAAGGACAUCAGGAUAGUGCGGUGCUGCGCUACAAAUUUACGAGCAAGAAGGAGGUAGAUCUACUGUCAACUUAUGUACCCGAGUCUUUCAGGGGCAAAGGUGUUGCAGCUCUUCUGUCAAAGGCUGCCAUGGAUUUUCUAGUGGAAGAAAACCUCAAGGCCCAUAUAUCUUGUUGUUAUAUUAAGAAAUAUGUUAAGGAAACCCCACUUCUUGAUUAUAAGGAUUUAUUAUCAUCUGAAUAAACUGCAUCCUUGAUGAAUAGUGGUUGGAAAGAAUGGUAAUUGUAAAAAUACAUAAUACUUUAUAAUAAUGUAUUCAGUAUUUACAGUGCAAGUCAAAAGUUUGGACACACCAAUUCAUUCAAGGGUUUUUCUUUAUUUUUACUAUUUUCUUCAUGGUAUAAUAAUAGUGAAGAUAAUCAAAACUAUGAAAUAACACAUGUAAUCAUGUAGUAACAAAAAAAGUGUUAAACAAAUCAAAAUAUAUUUUAGAUUCUUCAAGGUAGCCUUGAUGACAGCUGACAGAAACGGACAGAUGACAGAAACGGAAGUCCACCAUUACUUGAAGACAUAAAGGUCAGUCAAUCUGGAAAAUGACAAGAACUUUGAAAGUUGUACAGUUGCAAAAACCAUCAAGCGCUAUGAUGAAACUGGCUCUCAUGAGGACCACCAUAGGAAAGGAAGACCCAGUUACCUCUGCUGCAGAGGAUAAGUUCAUUAGUUACCAGCCUCAGAAAUUGCAGCCCAAAUAAAUGCUUCACAGAGUUCAAGUAAAAGACACAUCUCAACAUCAACUGUUCAGAGGAGACUGCAUGGUCUUCAUGGUCAAAUUUCUGCAAAGAAACCACUACUAUAGGACACCAAUAAUAAGAAGAGAAUUGCUUGGGCCAAGAAACACGAGCAAUGGACAAUAGGCUGGUGGAAAUCUGUCCUUUUGUCUGAUGAGUCCAAAUGUGAGAUUUUUUGUUCCAACCGCCAUGUGUCUUUUUGCAACACAGAGUACGGAUGAUCUCUCAUGUGUGGUUCCAACUGUGAAGCAUGGAGGAGGAGGUGUGAUGGUGUGGGGGUGCUUUGCUGGUGACACUGUCAGUAAUUUAUUUAGAAUUCAAGGCACACUUAGCCAACAUGGCUACCACAACAUUCUGCAGCGAUAUGCCAUCCCAUCUGGUUUGCGCUUAGUGGGUUUAUCAUUUGUUUUUAAACAGGACAAUGAUCCAACACACCUCCAGCCUGUGUAAGGGCUAUUUGACCAAGAAGGAGAGUGAUGGAGUGCUGCAUCAGAUGACCUGGCCUCCACCAUCACCCGAUCUCAACCCAAUUGAGAUGGUUUGGGAUAAGUUGGACUGCAGAGUGAAGGAAAAGCUGCAAACAAGUGCUGAGCAUAUGUGGGAACUCCUUCAAACUGUUGGAUAUGCAUUCCAGGUGAAGCUGGUUGAGAGAAUGCCAAGAGUGUGCAAAGCUGUCAUCAAGGCUACCUUGAAGAAUCUCAAAUAUAAAAUAUAUUUUGAUUUGUUUAACACUUUUUUGGUUACUACAUGAUUCCAUAUGUGUUAUUUCAUAGUUUUGAUGUCUUCACUAAUAAUCUACAAUGUAAAAAUACAAAUAAAGAAAAACCCUUGAAUGAGUAGGUGUGUCCAAACUUUUGACUGUAUGUGUAUAUAUAUACAUAUUGAUUAUCAGCCUGCUUUCAGUCUACCUUAUUUUGCAUUCUCUGACCUUUGAGAAAUAUUUAUUCAGGAGUACGUUCAAUGAGAGCCCAAAAUAAGCAACCAUGUUUGAGUCACUUCAAAUGUAGCUUACUAUUUCCAUCAUAAAGGAAAAGUUAUAUUGAUAGAAAUAAUUCUUCUUUAUAAAGUGGUCUGUUGUAUUACUUGCUUGUUUAAAUUAUUUGUGAAUAAUCUCUUAAUUGUUUGUAAAUGUUUCAUUGAUUGAACAAUUGUCAUUUCUAUAAUAGAUUACAUUGAUAUCAAACACCC